CGGCAGACAUUCUAGGAAUUGGGCGUAGAAACGAAAUAGAAGGCAGUGGAAGGUUUUAAUAGACGCCGCCAUUGUAAACAUAUAUGAAGCUAGCCGGCUAGUAACAAGUAAUAGCAAAUAUGGUUCGAGGAAGAGGACGUGGUGGUAUGGGAAGAGGAAUGGGACGACUUGGACCAUUUAAAGUAAAGCCAUUUGUACCUCGACAUCCAUUUGAUCUUGCACUUUGUGAGUCUGCAUUCCCUAGAGUUAAAGCUUUGCCAGAUGAGGCUGCUUUUACUCAGGCUCUGUUGAAGAGGAACACAGACCUGUCCCCAUCUUCUCAUGAACAGACAUCGGUUCUGAACUUGGUUACCAAAAUUCAGACUGUUAUGGACAACUUAGUUGUUGCACCUGGGACUUUCGAUGCCUGUCAAUUAGAAGAAGUUCGUCAAGUAGGCUCAUUUAAGAAAGGCACGAUGAUGACUGGACAUAAUGUAGCGGACAUAGUUGUUAUUCUGAAGACAUUGCCAACCAGAGAAGCAGUGGAAGCCCUUGGCAUUAAAGUGCACGAAGAUCUGAAGUCCCAAGAUCCUCAUGAAGUUUUAUCAGUGUUGACAAAUGAUAGGGGAUUUGAAGUGAGCAGCUCAGAAGCGACAGUGCGUAUAUUAAUGACCACAGUUCACCAUAACUUGCGCAAACUUGACCCGGAGCUGCAUCUUGAUCAGAAGAUCCUGCAGAGUCAUCUAGCAGCCAUUAGGCACAGCCGUUGGUUUGAAGAAAAUGCUCAUCACUCAUCGAUCAAGGUGUUGAUUCGACUUCUUCGGGACCUUCGAAACAGAUUUGAAGGUUUUGAGCCCCUCUCACCAUGGAUGCUAGAUCUCUUGGCCCACAGUUCUAUCAUGAACAAUCCAAGUCGUCAGGCCCUACCUAUCAACCAGGCUUAUCGACGGGUCUUACAGCUUCUAGCUGCCGGUCUUUUUCUUCCUGGAUCAGCUGGCAUCUCAGACCCAUGUGAGGGAGGAAACAUUCGGGUGCACACAGCCAUGAGCCUUGAGCAGCAGGACAUGGUGUGUCUAACAGCCCAGACUCUGCUACGAGUCCUAGCUCAUGGUGGGUACAGGCGUAUCCUGGGUCUUGAAGGGCAUGGAGGGAUUGCAACUGAAAUGUCAGUAUGGGAAGGAGUGGUAGUGUCUCCUCUUGAUAAGGCAUAUGAGAAACCCCCAGAAAAGAAGGAUGGUGAGGAAGAUGAUAUGGAGGCUGAUGGAGGUGGAGAUGAAGCUAUGGAAACAGCUGAUAACUAGGCACAGCAGUAAGAAAAACAUUCUUACUGUACCAGUGAAAUAUUUGUUUUGAUCACAUAUUUAGAUUGUGACAAGACUGUUGCGCCAUCACCAUAUUCAGUCUCAUUGUGCAUUUACUGUCAAUUUGUGUAUUUUCUUAUUGUACUUGAUGUGUGUAGUUAUAUCAAUUUUGUGCCGAAUAAAAAGAGCGAUGAAUGUAAAUCUUGA